UCCGAGAGGCACCGAAACCUCUCUCUAAUCUUUGUCUUCCUUUUACCGUUGCUUUGCGCUUUACUUGGAAGAAAUUAUUUUCUUUCUCAACUGCUCUCUCUCUCUCUCUCUUUCUCUUCAUUCUCAGACUUUCAUUUUUGUCCACAAAAAAAUAAGGAAAACGUUUCAACUUUCAACUAAUGGCUGCCAAUCUCUCCCUCCGGCCCAGCCACCACCGCUUCUCCCCCGCCGGUGGCUAUUCAUCCUUCCUCCGGCCGCCGUCGGCCCCCGUACCUGCCGCUCUGAAGGCAAUAAAGUCCUGCCGCAGCCAGCCAUGGAGGGGAUCGAUUUCCCCCGCGGGGGCUCGGCGGCGGAUUCUGGCCGCCAGCGCCAGAGCCGACGAUUCUGCGCCGUACGGGAUGUCGCUGGAGAACGCGCUCAAGCUGCUCGGGGUCGCGGAGGGAGCUUCCUUCGACGACGUCCUUCGCGCCAAAAACUCGAUCCUCGCCACUUGCAAAGACGACAAGGACGCAAUUGCUCAGGUUGAAGCUGCAUACGACAUGAUCCUAAUGCAAAGCCUGUCUCAACGUCGGGCAGGGAGAGUGGCAAACAGUCGAAUUCGUUACGCUGAUGUGAAACCCGUGAGCCCUCCAGGAGGAGGGAUGGGAGGAUCAAUGCCCCAAUGGCUGCAGACUACAGUCAAGAAUGCUCCUGUCUCAGUAGAGGCCCCGCCAACUACCGAUUUGGGAAUACAAGCCGGUGUCUAUGGAGCAUUGAUGGUUCUAACGUAUGCCAAUGGUGCUUCCACCUCGUCCCUGGUGCCCUAUGCAGCAGCUGAUGUCCCCGGGUUGCUCCUGGCCACGAGUUUUGGUGCUUCAUUAUACUUCAUGACCAAGAAGAAGGUGAAACUAGGUAAGGCGACCGUGAUUACAUUGGGAGGGCUCGUGGCUGGUGCUGUGGUGGGUUCAGCGGUUGAGAGCUGGCUGCAGGUUGAUAUUGUCCCGUUUUUGGGACUCCACUCUCCAGCUGCGGUGGUUAGUGAGUUCAUUCUGGUCUCUCAAUUCUUGGUCUCCCUGUACCUAAGGUGAAAGGAGGGUAAAGAAGAAGGGAGGAAACAUCUACAACUGUAACACCUGUAAUUACUCAAAUUGCAUGAUCAUAGCCAAGCCAAGCCAAGUUUUUUUUGGUUUUCUCCUUGUAGGAUGUGUAUCAUUUGCACCUUUGUAUAAAUCUGCAAUUUAGAAUGUAGUUGGGAUAUACUUUUGUUAAGUUAUAAAUGGUUAUUUCCCCGAUAAUUCUCUAUUUCAUAAAAAUGUUCAAGAUCUUCGAGACAUUUUAUAGAUGAUAUCUUUGGUUCAUAUACUCCAUCCAAAACUACUCUACACUAUUAGAUAUCAAUUUACUACUAAUAAAUUGCAAAUGGUUGUUGAUGUCUUUUUGAGAACGGAUGGUCAGAUUGAAUAGAUCGCUUGUGUUAUUGAGAAAAUCAAAACAUCAAUGCCAAACUUUUAAAUAACUUCUCUCCUUAACCUUUCGUAUCAACAAUUUUAUGGUUAUAGUUAAUGCAAAAUACAUUUGUAUAUGAUAAAAUAUUGGAUCUAAAUGACGAGCAUAACCAUUCUUUCAAUAAUGACAAAUCUAUUUAAGUUAGUUAAGAGUAAAUACAAUUUAUCAGCAAAAUUUUCAAAUAUUAGCCAAACAUUUCGAAAAUACAAAGUAUUAGUCAAACAUUAACUCCCAGCUAGUACUUUUGUUAGUAAUGAUGAUUUGGCAACAUGAUACUGAGUUGAAAGAAACACGCGACAAUUAACAUGUCAAAAUUUUAUUAUUUUAACUAAGAAAAUAGUUACAAAAUUAUUAACGGUAACAUACAAAUAGCUAAUAUUUUGGUGAGUUACAAAAUAUUUGGCUACUAGUUUAUAUAUAUUUUUUUUUUUAAUAAGUUGAAAAUUUUGGAAGUUUGAAUAAUAAAUUUGUAUUUAGUAUUUACUUAUUAUUUAUUAAUAGUAACUUGUUAAAACCCCACAUCUGGGCCGAUGUUACACAUCGUCCAAGCCCAAAUAAAAAGCACCCCGGGAGCCCAUAUCUAUAACCCACCCGAUCCACAAUAAGGUUUACUUCUUACA